UCAAAGUCACAUUUGUAAAACGUGACUGCUGGUCUCUUCACACUAGAGAUAAACAAGUAGAGGCCUUUUGCUCCUCCCACUGUUGUUAAAAUAUUGAUGGGUAAAAAUGGCGGCCUCAAGCAGCGAUGAGUCGCGUAUCGAGGAUGAAAACACAGCAAAUAAAGGUGAAAUUUCAAAAGACCAAGAAGAAACGAAGCCGUUGCUGGAAAGCACAACAAAAAAAGACUCCAAGCUAGUACUUUACCAUUGGACCCAAUCGUUUAGCUCUCAGAAGGUGAGACUUGCGAUUGCAGAGAAGGGUUUAAAAUGUAAAGAGUACGACGUGAGUCUUCCCUUAAGCGAGCACAACGAGCCGUGGUUCAUGCGGUUGAACCCCGCGGGAGAAGUGCCGGUACUCACCCACAACGAUAACAUCAUCUGCGAUGCCACCCAAAUAAUCGACUAUUUGGAUCAAACAUUCAAGGACGAAAACACACCAAGGUUGAUUCCAGAAGAAGGAACUAUGUACUUUCCUAGAGUGCAGCACUACCGAGAGCUUUUAGACUCCCUCCCGAUGGAUGUGUAUACCCACGGCUGCAUUUUACAUCCGGAGAUCACAGUCGAUUCCCAGAUCCCUGCGUACGCAACCACGAGGAUUCGCAAUGUGUGUUUAUGUCCAGGUCAGAUAGGAAACACAGAGUCAGAGCUCAAGAAGCUUGCCCAGCAACACCCAGAGCUCCAGGAAGCAUAUCUUGCCAAACAAAAGCGUCUCAAAUCUAAAUUAUUGGACCAUGACAACAUUAAAUAUCUGAAGAAACUUCUGGAUGAACUGGAAAAUGUUCUGGACCAGGUCGAGACUGAGCUUCAGAGAAGAAAUGAGGAAACUCCAGAGGGGAAGCAGGCCUGGCUCUGCGGCGAGUUCUUCAGCGUGGCCGACGUGUCUCUCGCCGUGACGCUCCACCGGCUGAAAUUCCUCGGCCUCUCGCGGCGGUACUGGGGCAACGGGAACCGGCAGAACCUGGAAACGUACUACGAGCGCGUCCUGCAGAGACCGACCUUCCGCAGGGUUCUGGGGCGCGUCAACAACAUACUGAUAUCCGCCGUGUUGCCCACAGCUUUCCGCGUGGCAAGGAAAAGGGCCCCAUCACUCCUGGGCACCACUUUGCUUGUGGGAAUACUGGGAGGAAUGAGCUACUUUGCCUUCUUAUACCUUAAAAAGAGGUUUAUAACUGUAAGCUGAAAUAUAGGGAAACAAGUCCAGAAUGAUUGCUGUAGCCAGUUAAUCUCAUUAGUGAAUGAUAUAUACAGUACAUGUGUAGAAGUGUUGCACAAAAAGCACUAUGUUUUAUUUUCAUUACUUAUGGAUCUGCAUUCUUGCCAUGUUAUGUGCACUUUGUUUUGAAGAUUUUUAAUGUUUUUUUGUGUUUAAAUGUGAAUAAGCUUAGUCAGUCUACAGCUGAUUUCCUAGGCUUUUGUACAUUGACCUCUUUUUCUUUUUUGUACUUAAAAGAUCUGUCUUUCAGGAGAUUUCAUGAGGUUAAUCUCACAUUUGAUCCAUGUCCCAUCGUGCCUGGUCUUAAAUACAUACAGUAACAUGAUAAAUGACAUCUCUCUUUUGUUUAUAUUUCCUUAUUCAGGUUGUUUUUAGUAUUGGCCGAUGAAGGUGCUGUAUUUAAUGCCCAUCCCUGGAAACCGAGCUCAUUAUGUAUACAUAAAGGAAUUCAUUCUACAUUAGAUUUAAUCCUAAUCAGAUCUAAACAUAAACAUAAACAUAAUUAGAUCUUCAUGAAAAUCCAAAUACAAGAUGGAAAAUAGCCUUAGUAAAUGUACAACACAAAUUCAUUAGAUAUUUUUUUAUUAUUUAGGUAACAACAUUGUCCAGCAGUAAAUGUUCUUGUGUGAAUCCUUACAUUCAGUAAUGAGGGACACAUCCAUCAACAGCAAUGACUUCACCUAAAUGUUUCUUAUAACUGUUUAACAGUCGCUUGCAUUGACAUUUACGAAUUUUAGCCCUUUCUUCCUUACAGAACCAUUUCAAGUCAUGUGUUUAGUUGCAUGACCAGCUUGUUUCAGGUCCCACCAUAACAUUUAAAAGGGACUUUGAAAACGAUACAUUUCUUCUUCCUCAUCCAUUGUCUUGUAGCUCUGUUUGUAUGUUUAGGGUCAUUGUCUUGUUGCAUGACUCACUUUCAGCUCAGCUUCAGCUGAUGAAAAGAUGGCCUGACAUUCUCCUCCAGAAUGUGGUGAUACAACACUGUUUCCUUCAUGCAAAUUCUCCCAGUCCUGAAGCAGCACACUGACCCCAAAUCAUGACAUUCUCAUCUCCAUGCUUGAAGGUCUCAUUAUGGUCAGAAUGUUUUACUUCUGUCUCAUCUGUCCACUGAACAUUCUUCCAGUAGUCUUGUGGACUAUACAUGUGCUCUGGGAAUCCUGAGACAGGCAGAAAUGGUCUUUUAAGAGAGCAGUGUUUUAGUCCUCACAGCCCAGUAAGACACAUCACCUGGUCUGUUUAUGAUCAGACCAUGGACUGGUGGAGGGUAUAUCUUCAUCUUUCCAAUUGGCCAACCUCACAGAGAUGAAGGUGCCUUCAAUGGUCUGAUUGCCAGCACAUGGGCUGGACAAGUUCUAGAAGAGAAACAUUCAGGAUGAGACUGCAGUGGUAAAACAUGGUGUUACCAUGUCUGGGCAUUUUAAAAUGUCACACGCAAGAUGGAAAUUGUGAAAUUCUUCUUUUUCUGCCUGAGUAAGAAGCAUUUUCUAAAUUAAUGAGUGAAGGAUGCAUGUUACUCAGGGUGUCACAUGAAAAAAAUAGCUACAGUUUUUUAAAUUGCUUGAUCAUAAUUCUUAAACAUUGUUUACAUUUUCACAACAGCACAAAGUUCAGAACUGUAUCAACAUGCCGUGCUCAACUACUAUAAUGAUAAGCUAAUGUAUUAAACUAUUCUAUAAUCAUAAA